GCUGAUGAAUUUGUGCUCGAAGACGUUGAAGUAUCAGUGAGUGAUCAUGUACAAAAAGUAUUGAAACCAAAUUGGUCUGCAUCAUGGGAAGAAAUUGGAGCUGAAAAUGAACUUGAAGAUACAUACACAUUACCUAUUCCAACACUUGAAGAAUGUGUGAAAAAAAUCAUCAGUUAUAUGGGUAUGCAACCUUGUGAAAGAUCGGAUAAAGUUCCUGAUGGUAAAGCUUCACAUGCAUUAUAUUUGGCUGGUGUUUAUCGUGGCGGACAUGAUGUACUUGUUCGAGCGAAAAUGGCAUUAGGUGGAACAUCAUCAGACCCAGGAGCACAAGCGAUCACAAUGCAAUUAACAAUACGUUCAACUGAUGAAUCAGCUGUACAAGUUAUUGCUUCAGCAGUGGAGUAA